CUCUCUCUCUCUCUCGAUUGUUCUUCCUUUUCGUGUUUUCCCCUCUCAACUUGUCAGUGUAGACGUGUAGUGUAGGUGUGGAAGAUUUCGAUUUUACAUUGAAGAAUCUCUAUGGCCCUGCUGCUUCUGUUGCUCUUGGCAGUCUCCGUUGUCACAGCUGACCAAGAUGCAUUUAUUGGUGUAAACAUUGGUAAAGACCUCUCCGACAUGCCUAACCCAACUCAGGUGGUUGCCCUUUUGAAGGCCCAGCAAAUUAGACAUAUUCGGCUCAAUGAUGCUGACCGUGCCAUGCUUAUUGCACUUGCUAACACUGGCAUUCAUGUGACAAUCUCUGUUCCAAACAAUGAGCUCCUUGGGGUGGGUCAGUCCAAUGCUACUGCUGCCAAUUGGGUGGCCCGGAAUGUUGUGGCACAUGUACCUGCCACCAACAUCACGGCCAUUGCAGUUGGGUCUGAGGUCCUUACAACCAUUCCGAAUGCUGCACCUAUCCUUGUAAAUGCCCUCAAGUUUAUCCACUCUGCUCUUGUUGCAUCCAACCUUGAUAAUCAGAUCAAGGUGUCAACACCAUUCUCAUCCUCCAUCAUUCUUGACUCCUUCCCACCAUCACAGGCCUUCUUCAACCGCUCCUUGGACCCAGUCAUGGUCCCGUUGCUCAAGUUAUUGCAAUCCACAGGAUCAUACCUCAUGCUCAAUGUCUAUCCUUACUAUGAUUACAUGCAAUCGAACGGAGUAAUACAAUUGGAUUAUGCACUCUUCCGCCUUCUUCCUCCUAACAAAGAAGCUGUGGAUGCAAACACACUCCUUCACUACACAAAUGUCUUCGAUGCUGUGGUUGAUGCAGCUUACUUUGCCAUGGCAUUCCUUAACUUUACUAAUAUCCCCAUUGUUGUCACCGAGUCAGGCUGGCCUUCCAAGGGUGAUGAGAAUGAGCCAGAUGCUACUAUUGAUAAUGCCAACACAUAUAAUAGCAACCUAAUCCGGCAUGUGCUGAACAAUACUGGGACACCCAAGCACCCUGGAAUUGCAAUUAGCACCUACAUCUACGAGCUGUACAACGAGGACAUGAAAGCUGGGUCCCUUUCAGAGAAGAAUUGGGGGCUCUUUGAUGCCAAUGGUGUUCCUGUUUAUAUCCUGCACCUGUCAGAUUCUGGAAUGAUGCUAGCUAAUGAUACCACAAACCAGACAUAUUGCACAGCAAGAGAUGGUGCUGAUCCAAAGAUGCUUCAAGCUGCAUUGGACUGGGCAUGUGGGCCUGGAAAGGUGGAUUGCUCAGCUUUGUUGCAAGGACAGCCGUGCUACGAACCAGACAAUGUGGCUGCUCAUGCAAGCUAUGCUUUUGAUGCAUAUUAUCAUCAGAAGGGAAUGGAUUCUGGGACAUGUUACUUCAAUGGCGUGGCCGCGAUAACAACUACAAACCCAAGUCAUGGUUCCUGCAUAUUUCCUGGGAGUGUUGGCAGGAAUGGCACGUUCUUAAAUGGCACAUUACUUGCACCUUCAUCGAAUUCCACAGCCUCGAGCUCUACUUCACUAAAUUUCCAUAGUGGUGGUGUUAGAAGUGCUCUGAUCAUUGGAAUUGUACUUUGGAGUGCAGUUUUCUUGUGAUCAGGUGGUAUGAUACUUGAGUUGGAAUCCUUAAGAAUUUCUGGUAUGGACCGAGAUGAAUUUUAUCCCAUCAGUCAGCAAUCCCUGCAACAUACCCAAUUUUGUUUCUCCAAUAAAGGAGAGAAGGGAGCAGCAAGGUUGUCUAAAUUCUAUGACAGGCUACCAGUUUAUUUGAUUUUGUACAGACAGACCAAGUGAAUUAUUUGGGAUUAUUGGUGUAUCUGCUCAUU